CAAAAGACCGGAGGCCAGAAAGGUUAUGAAAUCUAAAAUAUUAAAAUAGUUGUCAUAGCAUUGUUUCCAUUUGUGAACAAGCGUGUGUCGGUGUGUGCGCACGCGCGUGCGUUCACAAUUUAUAAAUGCGUGUAACCUUACACACCAGAGGGUUAAAAAUGAACCCCCAGCAGAGGCAGGCCUAGCACAGAAAGGCCUGCCUGCAAGUGCCUGCAGGAAGCAGUCUGUCACUCUUGCCUCAUUCCGUGCGCUGUAUGGUCGCAAUUUCUGUCACUCAAAGCCUGAGGCCGCGGAGCUUGGAGCCACAUCCAAUCAGGGCGCUAGACUGAGAACUGCUCAAUCAGGCGCACAGCCGGAGGACAGAGGGCGGGAUCCCGGAUCUGGCGCGGCUUUUGCUCCAGCCCCAGCUCGGUUAGGGCCUCGGCGCCCUGCUUCCGCCCCCUCAGGGAGGCCGGGGUGAUUCAGCCGCAGCCUCGGCCUCCGUCGCUCUGUGACCUGGGGUCUCGGGUGAUUCGUAGCUAAGACUCCGCGACACCCCGAAGCCCAGAAAUGGAACUCUUAACAUUCAGGGAUGUGGCCAUAGAAUUCUCUCCAGAAGAGUGGAAAUGCCUGGACCCUACCCAGCAGAAUUUAUAUAGAGAUGUAAUGUUGGAGAACUGUAGAAACCUGGUCUCCCUGGGUGUUGCUCUCUCUAACCCAGACCUGGUCACCUGUCUGGAGCAAAGAAAAGAGCCCUACAAUGUAAAGAUACAUGAGGCAGUAGCCAGUUAGGUGACAGUGAAUGAAGGAGAGGACACAGGCAAGGGGACUAAGAUGAAGAAGGAAGCCAGGCCUUUAAAGGUAGUUUGGGAAAGCUCUGCUUCAGUGGAAAUAAUUUCUGAAAAGGCUGCAUUUUUUCCCAAUAUUCAUGAAUAGGGGCAUCUUCUGUCCCAUGUUGUUAAAUCUUCUGAGAAUUCUCUCUUUUUUCUUUUUUAGAAAAAAAUUUUUUUUUUUUUAAAGAGACAGGCUUUCACCAUGUUGGCCAGGAUGGUCUCGAUCUCUUGACCUCAUGAUCCGCCUGCCUCGGCCUCCCAAAGUGCUGGGAUUAUAGGCGUGAGCCACGGCGCCCGGCCUAAGAAUUAUCUUUUUAGUGAUCUCCCUUAAAGUUUACAGGGAAAGCCAAUGUCUACUUUAUCACUUAUAAGGGGCUGCAUGAUCUGAUGCUGUUCCAUUGCUUUUGGAGACAUUGGAAUAUUUGUAUAUUGAGGAGAUCUAUGUCAAAGUAUUUUUUUCAAAUACUCUUUUUGUAUCUUGUCUAAAAUGUGUAAGGUGAGUAGUGGUCAUACUGGAAUUUGGUUCAGAAAUCCUAGGAAUACCAGGGACAGAUGUUGUAUCUUUUCUGCUUAGUGAUUUUUAAUCUUACAGAGGUUGCAAAUAUAAUUCUACAAAAAUUCUUAUUCAGCAAUUUUAUCAGAACAAUAAGUAUUUUCCUAAAUAUGAAAAAAUGUAAUAUUACUUCAAAAUGUUAUUGUUUUAGUAUAAACUGAGAUUUGUGAUUUAAACUCUUUAUGUGCAAAUUUUCAAAUUUUAAUGUAGUUUAAAGCACAGAUUUCCAAACUUUUGGCUUCCUUGGGCCACACUGGAAGAAUUGUCUUGAGCCACACAUAAAAUACACUAAUACUAACGAUAGCUGAUGAGCUUAAAAAAAAAAAGAUUCAUGGAUAAUUUUGUGACAUCUACCACCAUAGAUAAGGGUUGGACACUACUGGAUAAAGUAUCUGCUCACCUUCUAGGUUUCUUAAAUGCUCUAUGUCAUUAACCAAGCAGGAACCUUGCUAAGUGUAUAUUAAGCUCUCAGUCGUUACCUUAUUGCUUUUUUUUUAUCUUUCCCUUUUACUGAGUUCAAUGCAUAAAGUGAUCGCUAUUAUAAGUUUAAAAUAUGUUCAGAUUUUUGCAUGUAUACAUGUAAUUAUUAGUGUUACAAACUCAGGAAGAAAAAUUAACAGAUUUUAUUUCAGGAUGGCAGUCAACUCACAAAGCUAUAUUAUAUUCUAAUAACCACAAGUGUUAUACCAUUAUAGUCAAAAUAAACACCUCAGCAAGUUGUCAAAAUUUCAAAAAAUAAAAGGGAUAAGCUAACAAAAAAUAUUCAAGUAGUUACAUUGAAAGACAUCAUUUUGUUAAGCUGACAUCAUCUUGUUUCAUACAAAAAGAAACUAACAUAUUUAAAAUCAAAGCUUUCAAAUUUCAUGUUCCAGUUUUUAAUCACCAAAAAUUCCAUAAUUAACUCUACCUCAUUCAUUCACCCCAAAAUAAUAAUCAUUAAGGAAGCCAAAUGACCAUCAUUUUCCUUUUCCUCAUUUUACCAAAAUAAUUUUAUAGCUGAAAGGAAUUUUAACAAUAUACAGCAAAUUAUCACCUGAUCUCCUAAUAAAGGCUGAAAAUCAGAGGUCAAAGGACUUGAAUGAAUUCCACAGCUCUCCAGCAAGAAAGCCAAAAUUAGAUUUGUCUCUCCUGAAACAUAGUCCUGUUUUUCUUGGCAAUCCAUUGUUAGAGUUAAUGUUUCCUAAAAAAAUAGUGGGCCUAAAAACCAUUUAAAUUAUACGUCAAAAUGAGCUUUCUCAACUGCCAGAUACAAAUCUGGCCAUUACAUGAAAGUCACCUACUUUCAUCCAGUCAGUUUUAUCUGUCUUUGCUGUUACAGCUGUGAUUGUUUGUUUUAUCAUAGAACGUAAAUAAAUUUAUUGUGAAAUAUGUGUUCAGUGCACAAUAUAGUCAACAGUUUAAUAAAUCUCAUCAUUUAAAACAAUUUUUAUCUAAGAGGUUCACAAAUUUUUAAAAAUUAUCCCAGGUAAUUUGUUUCUAAGAAAAAAAAUACUGUCUCAUAUGAUUAUUUCUUGCCUGAUAUGAAUAGCUUUGAAUCUGUCAGAACUUUCUGGAUUCUGUGAAAUUAGCAGGUUUUUUUUUUUUUUUCUCCUGAGUCUUUUUUUACAAGAAGUACUAGUAUGAACAGAACUUCCACUCAAAGAAUCUGGGUUACUUUUAAAAAUUUUUCUAGUCUACUUUUAUAACUUUUUUCAAAAACUGAGUCAUAGAAAUGGAGGAGACUGUUUUUCACUCUUAAGCAUAUUUACAUCUAAAUCAUUUUAGUCACAGGAGAUACUUUCCUCCCUGAAAAAAAAUCCGAUAUCUUCUCUUGGUGCCUAAUUCCGUCAUUUAGUUGGCUUCAUGGCCAAUCAAAUUUGUAUCUUCUCAUAAUGCUGAUUAAACUAUUUACUUUGAUAACCUCUAUUUCCGGAGAGGUCAGAGUCAGUUAGAAGGCUGGUGCUGUGAUCUAAUGGCACGUAGCUCACUCUUGGUAAAGAUCUUUAAUUAUGACCCAAAUCUAGUUUACCUCUGCUGAGCAGAGGCACAGGAGGAUAUCCUGGAAUAAAGAAAGAUCUACUAGGAAUAAAGAAAGAUCUAGUAGGAAGAUCUUUCUUUUAUCAGUAUGCUCAUUCUUUUAAUAAACAUCUAUUGAUCACCUUAAUAGGGAUACUGACAUAAUAUGAUACCAUUUGGAUACAAAGUUAGGAAAAUAAGAAAAUACAUUCAGUCUGCUUAUCAUACAUAAAGAUAAUUUGGAAAGAGUCACAAUAACAACAGCAAAAAACAUGUCCUUGGUGUAUGCAUAGGAGAGGAAAACAGUAGAUGGGAGGCAGAACUAUAAGGGCACUUCCUGAACCAUGUUAGUGUAUUACAUAUUCAAAAAUACAAUAAACGGAAUUAAAGUCAAUAGGCUCUUUUUUUCUUUUUGAGACAGGGCCUCACUCUGUCACUCAGGCUGGAGUACAGUAGUUCUGUCUUGGCUCACUGCAACCUCUGCCUCUUGGGCUCAAGCAGUUCUCCUGCCUCAGCCUCCCAAGUAGCUGGGACCACAGGCAUGGACCACCAGGCCUGGCUAAUUUUUUUUUGUAGAGACAGGUUUUUGCUAUGUAGGCCAGGCUGGUCUUGAACUCCUGAGCUCAAGCAAUCCACCUGCCUUGGCAUCUCAAAGUGCUGGGAUUAUAGGGGCUAGCCACCAUGCCUGGAUGAUAUGCUCUUUUUAGUUAUUAUACUUUAAAUUCUGGGGUACAUGUGCAGAACGUGCAGGUUUGUUCAACCGGUAUACACGUGCCAUGGUGGUUUGCUGCACCCAUCAACCCAUCACCUACAUUAUGUAUUUCUCCUAAUGCUAUCCCUCCCCUAAACCCCACCCAUAACAGGCAGUGAUCUAUAACGUUCCCCUCCCUGUGUCCAUGUGUUCUCAUUGAACAGCUUCCACUUAUGAGUGAGAAAAUGUAGUGGUUGGUUUUCUGUUCCUGUGUUUGCUGAGAAUGAUGGUUUCAGGUUUCAUCCAUGUACCUGCAAAGGACAUGAACUCAUUCCUUUUUAUGGCUGCAUAAUAACUCAUGGUAUAUAUGUGUCACAUUUCAUUGAUAAGCAUUUGGGUUGGUUCCAAGUCUUUGCUAUUGUGAAUAGUGCUGCUAAUAAACAAAUAUACAUGUGCAUGUGUCUUUAGAGUAGAAUGAUUUAUAAUCCUUUGGGUAUAUACCCAGUAAAGGGAUUGCUGGGUCAAAGGGUAUUUCUGGUUCUAGAUCCUUGAGAAAUUGCUACACUGUCUUCUACAAUGGUUGAACUAAUUUCUACCCCCACCAACAAUGUAAAACCAUUUCUAUUUCUCCACAUCCUCUCCAGCAUCUGUUGUUUCCUGACUUCUUAAUGAUCACCAUUCUAACUGGCAUGAGAUAGUAUCUCAAUGUGGUUUUGAUUUGCAUUUCUCUAAUGAUCAGUGAUGAUAAGCUUUUUUCCAUAUGUUUGUUGGCUGCAUAAAUGUCUUCUUUUGAGAGGUGUCUGUUCAUAUCCUUCAUUAUUUUUAAGACAGUGUGUGGUAAGUGUUGUAAAAGAGGUAUGCAGAAGGUGUUACUGAAGCACAAAAGAAUGUCUCAACUGGAAGAAAUUUGAAAAGACUCCAUAGAAGUAGUAUUUUAGCUAAGUUUUGAAAAUGUGUAGGCAUCUGUCAGGAGUCCCUGAAGAAAAUCAUUCUUUCAGAAGAGCAGGUUUAACUGCCUUUCUGCCAACCAGGCAUUCUUUAAGCAUGGAUUCAUAAUUGACCCAACGAUGAACCUGAUCAAAAAGUUCAGUACCAUCUGAACCUGCUGCUCUUAUUAGUUCAUCUUCUCCACCAGGAUGAUACUCCAUAUAAGGGCUGACAUUAUAAACGAAACCUCUUAUGCAUAUCCAGCAAUCAUCUUUUUUGUUGUGUUUUUUAAGUUCUUCAGUUACUUCAAUUAACCUGCCUUUUAAUCCUGUUAGAUCCUUUCCACUUUUGGUCAGUCGAAUCCAAUCUAUAAGGCUUCUGCCCUGUUUUAAAGGUACCUUGCUACGCCCCCCCAGUGGCAACAAGCUGCUGAGACCUGGGGGCUGGGAAAGACUGGGAAGGGACGUUCAGCAUCUUGAAACCCGUGCCCCGGGCCCUGCCUAGGUUUGCCGCGGACUAGCACCUCCAGCCCCGGCGUGGUGGCCAGGCAGAGGCCAAGCCCCUGACCCACCCGUUACCUUAUUUCUUAAUAACUAUUAUAAUUUAGUCUUAUUUAGUAGGAAGCCUGAGAUUCUGUCAUUGAGAUCUAUCUAUCUAUAUAUAUAAAAAUGUGUGUCUCUCACACACAUGCACACCUAAAUAAGUUAUAGAGGUAUAUAGUAAACAUUGUUGAUAGAUUCUUGGAAACUGAAAGUGAAGCAACAUAUCAUUUAAGAAAACUGAUUUUAGGGCCAGGUGUGGUGGCUCACGCCUGUAAUCCCAGCACUUUAGGAGGCCGAGGCAGGUGGAUCAUGAGGUCAGGAGUUCGAGACCAGCCUGGCCAGCAUGGCAAAACCCAUGUCUACUAAAAAUACAAAAAAUUAGCUGGGCUUGGUGGCAAGUGCCUGUAAUCCAGCUACUCUGGAGGCUGAGGCAGGAGAAUCAUUGAACCUGGGAGGCAGAGGUUACAGUGAGCCAAGAUUGUACCAUUGCACUCCAGUCUAGAUGACAAGAGCAAAACUCUGUCUCAAAAAAAAAAAAAAGAAAAAAGAAAAAGAAAACUAAUUUUACCAGAGUUUAACUGAUACAACAAGAGUUAUGUUUGGCAUAUAGCAACAUUGCUUCAAGUUACAGUUUUCAAGAACCUGUUUUUUACAUUAAGUGAGGACUUACUAUACAUCUUUGUGUGAUAUGGAUUUUUCUGAUAAAUAAAAGUAUAUAUUUAAUGUGUACAGUGUAGUGAUUUGAUACACAUAUUUUUGUGAUGAUUUGAUAUGCAUAUAUUUUAUUGUAAAAAUAUAGUCAAGUUGAUCGACACAUCUUUUACCUCACAUAGAUAACUAUAUUGUUUUUGGUAAUAACACUUAAGGUCUACUGUUUUAGCAAAUUAUAAGCAUACAUUACAGUAUUACUAACUAUAAACAUAAUGCAAUUUUUCUAAUCUAAUGCUAUUGUACAUCAGAUUUCUCAGACUUACUCAACUUAUAACUAAAAAUUUGUACUCUUUGAAUAUCUCCUCAUAUUCCCACCCUUAGGCACUAACAACCACCAUUCUACUUUCUGCUUUGUGAAAGCAGAGUUUACAUUUUUCGAUUCCCCAUCUCAGUGAGAAGAAGGAGUUUCUUUGUCUCUUUGUGUUUGGCUAAUUUUAUUUAGCAUCAUGUCCUCUAGGUCUAUCCAUGUUGUAAAUGGCUAGAUUUCCUUUUUUCUUGCGGCUGAAUGGCAUUCUACUGUGGAUAUAUACACACCAUAUUUUGACAAUUGUAAAUAUACUACAAUGAACAUGGGGCUGAAGAUAUUUCUUCAAGGUGCUCAUUUAAUUUCUUUGGUAGUAUGCUCAGAAGUGGUAUUGCUGGAUUAUAUGAUAUUUCCAUUUUUAUUUUUUAGUUUUUUUUUUUAUGAUGACUUUAUCAAUUUACAUUUCACCAACAGCAUACAGCAUUUCCCUUGUAUGUAUGUCUUCUUUGGGAAAAAAAAUUUUAUUGGCUUUUUUUGAAUGGCUUAUCCUCAUCAUUAUUGUUUUGCUUUGAAUUGCAGAAGUUUUUUAUACAUUUUGGACAUGGAUAUUAACUUUUUUCUUUUCUUUUCUUUUCUUUUUGAGAUGGAGUUUUCCUCUUGUUGCCCAGGCUGGAGUGCAGUGGUGCUCUCAGCUCACUGCAACCUCCACCUGCUGGGUUCAAGCGAUUCUUCUGCCUCAGCCUCCCAAAUAGCUGGGAUUAUAGGCAUGCACCAUCAAGCCUGGCUAAUUUUGUAUUUUUAGUAGAGAUAGGGUUUCUUCAUGUUGGUCAGGCUGGUCUCUAACUCCUGACCUCAGGUGAUCCACCCACCUCCCAGAAUUAACUUAUCAGAUAUAUUGCUUGCAAAUAUUUGUAUCAUGUAGGGUUUUUAGGAAAAAAUUUUUUUUUCUGUACAGAAGCAGUUUACUUUGAUACAGUCUCAUUUGUUUGUGUUUUCUUUUGUUAGCAUAUCAAGAAAGUUAUUGCCAAGAUUGAAGUAUUGAAAUGCGAGAUUACAAAAUUAACACCAAGACAAAAGUAUGCCAAAUUGCAGGGUCUUUAUUGUCAGCGACCACGGAGGACUCACGUCUCUCCAACCCAUGGCCUUGUAAGGAGGGUGACAAGACCUUUUUAUGCUCGUAUAAACCACCUUGGAGUGAGUGUGUAGGGCGGGGGUGGGGGUGAAGGGAUUCAGACAUUCUGAAGGCCAGGGGAUUCCGUAAAUCACCUCCCGGGCAGAGAGGAGGGUGCGGGACUCCGGACAUUCCGAGGGUUAGGGGACUUGUCACUUCGAUUGUUACCUAAGUGGUUUACAGAAGUCAAGAUAAGCAUUAGUUUACACACCGUCUGGGCAGAGGUGGAAUCCACAGAUUUUAGUUACUUAUUACAAGUCACAGGGGCCAGGAUGGAAUUAGCUUGGGCUGCUUAUUCUGGUCAUUACCGGUAAGCAAAGGCCAGAAAUUCUGGCAGUUACUGAUAAGAAAAGGUAAGCAGCUUUACAUAGUGAGCAUUUUGCAGAGCAAGUUAGCAGUUUUAUUUACAGAAGCCAACCGAGGCCAGCAGUUAUUGUGAGGAGAAUGGGGCAGCUGUUACAACUUAUUUUUGGGAAACAGCUUUGUCUUUUAUAAAAUGGCAUUGCUCAGGUUCCAGCUACAGCACAAGAAGAGUACCAACGAGGAUUUUCCAUAUGUUUUCUUCAGGAGUUCUAAGGUUUUUUAUCUUACAUUUAAGUGUUUUAUUUUGAGUUAAUUUUGGGGUAUGGUGUAAGAAAAUGAUCUACUUCUGUUCUUUUGCUUGUGGAUAUCCAGUUUUUCUGGCACCAUGUAUUGACAAGACUAUAAUUUCUGCAAGUUCCCUUGCCAAAAUUAGUUGGUCUUGUAUGUAUGCAUGGAUUUGUUUCUGGGCUCUCUUUUCUGUUCCAUUGUUUUUUGUGUCUGUAUUUGUGUACAUGAUGUUGGGUACCAGCCCCUACACUGUUUGUAAGUGCCCUUAGUCCCGGCAGUGAGGAGGGAUUGAGAAAAGGAAAUAUAGACAAAGAUACUAUUGUACUGACCCGAGCAUAAAAAGUCAACACCAAGACAAAAGUAUGCCAAAUUGCAGGUGUCUUUAUUGCCGGCGACCACUGAGGACUCGCGUCUCUCCAAUCCGUGGCCCCGAAAGGAGGGUGUCAAGACCUUUUAUACCUGCAAAAAUCACCUUGGGAGUGAGGGUGAGGGGCUUCAGACAUUCUGAGGGCUAAUGAAUUCUUUAAAUCACAUUCUGGGCGGAGAUGAGGGUGAGGGAUUCUGGACAUUCCAGUGGAUUCCUGGGUGAAGAUGAGGGUGAGGGGCUCUGGACAUUCCGAGGGCCAGGGGACUUUUUGAUAUUCUGGUUGUUACUUAAGUGGUUCACAAAAGUCAAGAUUAGCAUUUCUUUACACAUUGUCUGGGUAGGGUGGCGAUUACAGUCCUUAAUUACUUAUUCACAUUUGGGUUAUAGAGAGCAGUUUCAACAGAAAGCUGAGGUAUGGUUGAGGUAUGCAGUUUUAUGGGGCUUUUUACCAUGUCACAGACACAAGAGUAGAAUUUUACAGCAUGGAGGCUGCCUUGGUGUAGAGUUCUGGUUUCCACAGGCUUUUAUUAGGUGCAUACACUUGUUAAUUGAGGGGUGGGGGAGCAGGGGAGGUGAUCAGGGGAGGCUUUGAAAAUGUUGGACAAGGCCUUGAGACUAAUGUGGGCAAGAUAACCAUAGGGAGCCGUGUGGUCUGCAGUAUUCACUAACAGAUGUCCUAGAACACUGAAUUCCACCACUGGUUGCUAUUAAGGUGCAUUUGCAUCAGAAGCAUAGCUGAUAAGGAACCCCCAGGUCUGACCACACCCAAUGCAUCAAGGAGCUUUUAUUUCCCCAGCAUUGCUUACACAGACAAUCAAAACCACUCCAGAUUCUGAGAACCUAGGCAGAGCCUGUGGUGUUGGGUUAUCUCUGCCCUGCAAGGCUUUUCUUCCUUAUAAGUUCCCAUCUGCAAAGAUUCUCCUGGAUCUUAUGAGCAGAGGUUGCCUCUCUUCUCAGAGAUCUUGUACAGGUCUUCUCUAGGAGACCCUCUUGCAGACUCCAUGUUGAGAAGGCAUUCGUGAGACCAAAUCAAUAUUUCCUGCUCUUCAACCACCCUGAGGUGUUCUACAGUUUUACAGCGCUCUCAGAUGGUCUUUUACCUUAGGCCUCCUGUUGCCACUUGAUUUCUACUUUACUGCACGAAUAUUUAAUAUAGCAUAGUUUGGCAUAUAAACUUCAGUGUACAAUAAGUAAAGCAAGCUUAUAAUUUUUUCUUUCUUUCUUUUUUUUUUUUGAGACGGAGUUUCGCUCUUGUUACCCAGGCUGGAGCGCAAUGGCACGAUCUCGGCUGACCGCAACCUCCGCCUCCUGGGUUCAGGCAAUUCUCCUGCCUCAGCCUCCUGAGUAGCUGGGAUUACAGGCAUGCGCCACCAUGCCCAGCUAAUUUUUUUGUAUUUUUAGUAGAGACGGGGUUUCACCAUGUUGACCAGGUUGGUCUCGAUCUCUCGACCUCGUGAUCCACCCGCCUCGGCCUCCCAAAGUGCUGGGAUUACAGGCUUGAGCCACUGCACCCGGCCAGCAAGCUUAUAAUUAUUUCACUGGAAAUAACAUAGGUCUGCCCCCGGCCAUCUUAACCCACACAUACCGUACUUUUUUGCUUACUAUAACCUUUAAAUAAAGUUUAAAAUGAGAAAGUAUGAUACGCUUAGCUUUGUUCUUUCUCAAGAUAGCUCAGAUUUAAGGUUAUACUUGAAUUUUAAAAUUUUGUGGUUUUGUUUUGUUUUUUGACAUGGCGUUUUACUCUAGUUGCACAGGCUGUAGUGCCAUGGCGCAAUUUCAGCUCACUACAACCUCCACUUCCCAGGUUCAAGCAAUUCUCCUCCUUUAGCCUCCUGAGUAGCUGGGAUUACAGGCAUGCAUCACAACAUCCAGCUAUUUCUUUGUAUUUUUAGUAGAGACGGGGUUUCACCAUGUUGACCUGUCUGGUUUCAAACUCCUGACCUCAGGUGAUCCACCCGCCUGGCCUACCAAAGUACUGAGAUUACAGAUGUGAGCCACCACACCCAGCCUACAAUUGUGUUUUCUAUAACUGUGAAUAAUGUCAUGAAAAUUUUGAUAGGGAUUGCCUUUGAAUCCACAAAUCACUUUCAAUAAUAUACUUUGGGCCGAGCGCGGUGGCUCAUGCCUAUAAUCCCAGCACUUUGGAAGGCCAAGGUGGGUGGAUCAUGAAGUCAGGAGAUCAAGACCAUCCUGGUCAACAUGGUGAAACCCCGUCCCUACUAAAAAUACAAAAAAAAAAUUAGCUGGGCAUGGUGGCACACACCUGUAGCCCAGCUACUCAGGAGGCUGAGGCAGGAGAAUUGCUUGAACCAAGGAGGCAGAGGCUGUGGUGAACCGAGAUCACGCCAUUACACUCCAGCCUGGGUAACAAGAGCAAAACUUUGUCUCAAAAAAUAUGUGUGUGUGUGUGUGUGUGUGUGUGUAUUGACAAUAUUAUUCCAAUGGAAUGCGUUUAUUUGCUUGUGCCUGCUUCAAUUUCUAUCAUUGUAUUUAGUGUAUAAAUUUGUUAUACACUAGAUUUUAUACCUUACUGUAUUUAGUGUAUAGAUUUUUUUAAUUUCAUUGGUUAAAUUUAUUUUGAGUCGAUUUUUUUUUAAAUUGCAUUUUAGGUUUUGGGGUACAUGUGAAGAACAUGCAAGACUGUUGCAUAGGUACACACAUGGCAGUGUGAUUUGCUGCCUUCCUCCCCAUCACCUGUAUCUGGCAUUUCUCCCCAUGCUAUCUUUCCCCAACUUCCCAUGUUCCACUUUCCCUCCCCUAUUUCGCCCUGACAGACCCGUGUGGGAUUCUCCCCUCUAUGUGUCCAUGUGUUCAACACCCACCUACGAGUGAGAACAUGUGGUGUUUGAUUUUCUGUUCUUGUGUCAGUUUGCUGAGAAUGAUGGUUUCCAGGCUCAUCCAUGUUUCUACAAAGGACAUGACUCAUCGUUUUUGAUGGCUGCAAAGUAUUCCAUGGUGUAUAUGUGCCACAUUUUCCCUGUUCAGUCUGUCAUUGAUGGGCAUUUGGAUUGGUUCCAGGUCUUUGCUAUUGUAAACAGUGCUGCAAUGAAACUUUGUGUGCACGUGUCCUUAUAGUAGAACGAUUUAUAAUCCUUUGGUUAUAUACCCAGUAAUGGGAUUGCUGGGUCAAAUGGAAUUUAUAUUUCUAGGUCCUUGAGGCAUUGCCACACUGUCUUCCACAAUGGUCGAACUAAUUUACACUCCCACCAACAGUGUAAAAGUAUUCCUAUUUCUCUACAUCCUCUCCAGCAUCAGUUGUCUCCUGAUUCUUUAACGAUUGCCAUUCUAACUGGCGUGAGAAGGUAUCUCAAUGUACUUUUGAUUUGCAUAUCUCUAAUGACCAGUGAUAAUGAACAUUUUUUCAUAUGUUUGUUGGCCUCAUGUAUAUCUUCUUUUGUAAAGUGUCUGUUCAUAUCCUUCGCCCAAUUUUGAAUGGGCUUAUUUGUUUUUUUCUUGUAAACCUGUUUUAGUUCUUUGUAGAUUCUGGAUAUGAGCCCUUUGUCAGAUGGGUAGAUUGCAAAAAUUUUUUCCCAUUCUGUUGGUUGCCGAUUCACUCUAAUUUAGACUGUUUCUUUGGCCAUGCAGAAGCUGUGGAGUUUGAUUAGGUCCCAUUUGUCUAUUUUGGCUUUUGUUGCCAAUGCUUUUGGUGUUUUGAUCAUGAAGUCCUUGCCUACGCCUGUGUCCUGAAUGUUUUUGCCUACAUUUUCUUAUAGGGUUUUGAUGGUGUUAGGUCUUAUGUUUAAGUCUUUAAUCCAUCUGGAGUUAAUUUUAGUGUAAGAUGUCAGGAAGGGGUCCAGUUUCUGCUUUCUGCACAUGGGUAACCAGUUUUUCCAACACCAUUUAUUAAACAGGGACUCCUUUCCCCAUUGCUUGUUUUUGUCAGGUUUGUCAAAGAUCACAUGGUUGUGGAUGUGUGGUGUUGCCUCUGAGGCCUCUGUUGUAUUCCAUUGGUCUAUAUCUCUGUUUUGGUACCAGUACCAUGCCGUUUUGAUUACUGUAGCCUUGUAGUAUAGUCGGAAGUCUAAGAGUGUGAUGCCUCCAACUGUGUUCUUUUUGCUUAGAAUUGACUUGGCUAUGUGGGCUCUCUUUUGGUUCCAUAUGAAGUUUAACAUGGUUUUUUCCAGUUCUAUGAGGAAGGUCAUGGGUAGCUUGAUGGGGAUAGCGUUGAAUCUGUAAAUUACCUUGGGCAGUAUGGCCAUUUACACCAUAUUGAUUCUUCCUAACCAUGAACAUGGAAUGUUUCUCCAUCUGUUUUUGUCCUCUCUUAUUUUGUUGAGAAGUGGUUUGUAAUUCUCCUUGAAGAGGUCCUUUACAUUCCUUGUUAGUUGUACUCCUAGGUAUUUUAUUCUCUUUAGCAAUUGUGAAUGGCAGUUCAUUCUCUAUUUGGCUCCCUUUAAGUCUGUUAUUGGUGUAUAGGAAUGCUUGUGAUUUUUGCACACUGAUUUUUGUAUCCUGAGGCUUUGCUGAAGUUGCUUAUCAGGUUCAGGAGAUUUUGGGCUGAGAUGAUGAGGUCUUCUAAAUAUACAAUCAUGUUGUCUGCAAAUAGAGACAAUUUGACUUCCUCCUUUCCUAAUUGAAUACCUUUUAUUUCUUUUUCUUGCCUGAUUGCUCUUGCCUGAUUGCUCUGGCUAGAACUUCCAAUACUAUUGAAUAGGACUGGUGAGAGAGGGCAUCCUUAUCUAGUGCCAGAUUUCAAAGGGAAUGCUUCCAGUUUUUGCCCAUUCAGUAUGGUAUUGGCUGUUGGUUUGUUGUAAAUAGCUUUUAUUAUUUUGAGAUACGUUCCGUCAAUACCUAGUUUAUUGAGGGUUUUUGGCAUACAGUGCUGUUGAAUUUUGUCAAAGGCCUUCUCUGCAUCUAUUGAGAUAAUCAUGUGGUUUUUGUCUUUGGUUCUGUUUGUGUGAUGAAUUACGUUUAUAGACUUGCAUAUGUUGAACCAGCCUUGCAUCUUAGGGAUGAAGCCUACUUGAUCAUGGUGGAUAAGCUUUUUGAUGUGCUGUUGCAAUCGGUUUGCCAGUAUUUUAUUGAAGAUUUUUGCAUCUAUGUUCAUCAUGAAUAUUGCUGAAGUUUUUUUUUCUUGUUGAGUCUCUGCCGGGUUUUGGUAUCAGGACAACGUAGGUCUCAUAAAAUUAUUUGGGAAGGAUUCCCUCUUUUGGGAUUGUUUGAAAUAGUUUCAGAAUGAAUGGUACCAGCGCCUCUUUGUAUGCCUGGUAGAAUUUGACUGUGAACCCAUCUGGACCUGGACUUUUUUUGGGUGGUAGGCUCUUUAUUCCUGCCUCAACUUCUGCCCUUCUUAUUGGUCUGUUCAGGGUUUCAAGUUCUUCCUGGUUUAUGCUUGGGAGGGUGCAAGCAUCCAGGAAUUUAUCCAUUUCUUUCAGGUUUACUAGUUUAUGUGCAUAGAGUUGUUUGUAAUAAUCUCUGAUGAUGGUUUGUAUUUAUGUGGGAUCUAUGGUGAUAACACCUUUAUCGUUUUUUAUUGCAUCUAUUUGAUUAUUCUCUCUUCUUUUUUAUUAAUCUGGCUAGUAGUGGAUUGUUUUGUUGAUCUUUUUAAGAAACCAGUUCCUGGAUUUAUUGAUUUUCCGACGGGUUUCUUUGUGUCUCUAUCUCCUUCAGUUCUGCUCUGAUCUUAGUUAUUUCUUGUCUUCUGCUAGGUUUUGAGUUUUUUUGGUCUUGCUCCUCUAGGUCUUUCAGUUUUGAUGAUAGAGUGUCAAUUUUAGAUCUUUCUUUGCUUCUCAUAUGGGCAUUCAUUGCUAUAUAUUUUCCUGUAGACACUACUUUAAAUGUGUCCUAGAGAUUCUGGUAUAUUGUGUCUUCGUUCUCGUUGGUUUGUAAGAAGAUUUUAUUUCUGCCUUCAUUUCAUUGUUUAUCCAGUCAGCAUUCAAGAGCCAGUUGUUCAGUUUCCAUGAAGCUGUGCGGUUCUGAGUUAGUUUCUGAAUUCUGAGUUCUAACUUGAUUGCACUGUGGUCUGAGAGAUUGUUUGUUAUGAUUUCCGUUCUUUUGCAUUUGCUGAGGAGUGAUUUACUUCUAAUUAUGUGGUCAAUUUUAGAGUAGGUGUGAUGUGGUGCUGACAAGAAUGUAUAUUCUGUGGAUUUGGGGUGGAGAGUUCUGUAAAUGUCUAUUUGGUUUGCUUGGUUCAGGUCUGAGUUCAAGUCCUGGAUAUCCUUGUUAAUUUUCUGUCUCAUUGAUCUGUGUCAUAUUGACAAUGGGGUGUUAAAGUCUCCCACUAUUAUUAUGUGGGAGUCUGAGUCUCUUUGUAAGUCAUUAAGAACUUACUUUCUGGGCACUCCUGUAUUGGGUGCAUAUAUAUUUAGGAUUGUUAGCUCUUCUCUUUGCAUUGAUCCUUUUACCAUUAUGUAAUGUCCUUCUUUGUCUCUUUUGAUUUUUGUUGGUUCUUUUUUUUUUUUGAGACGGAAUUUUGCUCUUGUUACCUGGGCUGGACUGCAAUGGCACGAUCUCGGCUCACCACAACCUCCGCCUCCUGGGUUCAGGCAAUUCUCCUGCCUCAGCCUCCUGAGUAGCUGGAAUUACAGGGACGCGCCACCAUACCCAGCUAAUUUUUUGUAUUUUUAGUAGAGACGGGUUCACCAUGUCGACCAGGAUGGUCUCGAUCUCUUGACCUCGUGAUCCACCCACCUCGGCCUCCCAAAGUGCUGGGAUUACAGGCUUGAGCCACCGUGCCGGGCCCUCUUUGUUGGUUUAAAAUCUAUUGUAUCAGAGAUGAGAAUUGCAACUCAUGCUUUUUUUUGCUCUCCAUUUGCUUGGUAAAUCUUCCUCUGUCCCUUUAUUUUGAGCCUUUGUGUAUCUUUGCAUGUGAGAUGGGUUUCCUGGAUACAGCACACCGAUGGGUUUUGGCUUUUUAUCCAAUUUGCCAGUCUGUGUCUUUUGAUUGGGGUGUUUAGCCCAUUUACAUUUUGGGUUGAUAUUGUUGUGUGUGAAUUUGAUCCUGCCAUUUUGACGCUAGCUGGCUGUUUUGCCCGUUAGUUGAUGCAGUUUCUUCAUCGUGUCAAUGCUCUUACCAUUUGGUAUGUUUUUGGAAUGGCUGGUACUGGUUCUUCCUUUCUAUGUAUAGUGCUUCUUUCAGGAGCUCUUGUAAAGCAGGUCUGGUGGUGAUAAAAUCUGUGAAUACUUGCUUGUUUGCAAAGGAUUUUAUUUCUCCACUUAUAAAGUUUAGUUUGGCUGGAUAUGAAAUUCUGGGUUGAAAGUUCUUUUCUCUAAGGAUGUUGAAUAUUGGCCCCCACUGUCUUCUGGCUUGUAGGGUUUCUGCUGAGAGACCUGCUGUGAGUCUGAUGGGCUUCCCUUUGUGGGUAACUCGACCUUUCUGUCUGGCUGCCCUUAGCAUUUUCUCCUUCAUUUCAACCCUGGUGAAUCUGACGAUUAUGAGCCUUGGGGUUGCUCUUCUUGAGGAAUAUCUUUGUGGUGUUCUCUAUUUUUUGGACUUGAAUGUUGACCUGCCUUGCUUGAUUGGGGAAGUUUUCCUGGAUAAUAUCCUGAAGAGUAUUUUCCAGCUUGGAUUCAUUCUCUCUGUCACAUUCAGGUACACCUAUCAAAUGUAGAUUAGGUCUUUUCACAUAGUCCCGUACUUCUUGUAGGCUUUGUUCAUUCCUUUUUACCCUUUUUUCUCUAAUCUUGCCUUCUCGUUUUAUUUCAUUGAGUUGAUCUUCGACCUCUGAUAUUCUUUCUUCUGCUUGGUCAAUUCAGCUGUUGAAACUUGUGCAUGCUUCACGAAGUUCUCGUUUUGUGUUUCUCAGCUCUAUCAAUUCACUUAUAUUCCUUUCUAAGUUGUUUAUUCUCGUUAGCAUUCCGUCAAAUCUUUUUCAGCGUUCUUAGUUUCUUUACAUUGUGUUAAAACAUGUUCUUUUAGCUUAGAGAAGUUUCUUAUUACCCACCUUCUGAAGCCUGUUUCUGUCAAUUCAUCACACUUAUUCUUCAUCUAGCCUUGUUCCCUUGCUAAUGAGGACUUGUGAUUUCUUGUAGGAAGGGAGGUGUUCUGGUUUCGGGUGUUUUCUUUUUUUUUUUUUUGUGCUGGCUUCUUCCCAGCUUUGUGGAUUCAUCUACCUGUCACCUUUGCAGUUGUUGACUUUCAGAUUGAGUCUCUGAGUGGACGUCUAGUUUGUUGAUGAAGUUAUUUCCUUCUGAUUCUUAGUUUUUCUUCUAACAUUUAGGCCCCUUUGCUAUAGGACUGCUGAGGUCUACUCCAGUCCCUCCUUGCCUGGGGAUCACCUGCAGCAGCUGCAGAACAGUAAGGGUUGCUGCCAGUUUCUGUUUCUGCUAUCUUUGUUCCAGAAGGAUACCCUCCAGUUGUCACUCUGAGUUCUUUUUUAUGAGGUGACUCUUUGGAUAUACAGGGGUCAGGGAGCUACUUGAGGAUACAGUCUGUCCUUUAUAGGAGCUCAAGUGCUGAGUUGUGAGCUCCGUGGUUCAUUCAGAGCUGCUGAGCAGGUACGUUUAAGUCUGCUGCAGCAGAACUUAUAAACGCCUUUUUUUUUCCUAGGUGCUCUGUCCUGGGGAGUUAGGGCUUUGUCAGUUUGUAUUGUGCUGCUGCCUUUUUUCAGGGCUGCCCUGCCCAGCAAGCAGGCAGCCUAGUUAUACUAUCUGCCUGCAGAGGCUUUGCUGAGCUGCUGUGGACUCUGCCCAGCUGCUGUGUGAACUUCCCUGCAGUCCUGUUUAUAUGGAUAUAGUUAGAACUGCCUAUGCAAUGGCAGCCCACCUCUGUAAUGGCAGACUCUCUCUGUAAUUGUGGGCUGCCUUGGCAAUAGCAGACUACCUCCAUAGUGGUGGACUGCCUCAGUAAUGGCGGAUGCCCCUCCCCCAAAGAGGUGGACUGUCCCAGUUCAGCUGUGCUUGCUGUGAAACUGUCAAUCCAGAGCGUUUCAGAUUGCUGUUUUUUUUUUUUUUGGUGCGGUGGGACUCAUCAAGCCUGAUCACCUGGCUUCCUGCCUCAAACCCGCCCCCCCUUUUUUUAAUUCAGUUGAAUGGGCGACUCUGUCCCCCAGGUGUUCUAGUAGCCUGUUGAAAAGGUGCCUGGAUGUGUGUGAUUUCCCGUGCGGCAACCCACUGCGCUGGCUGAAACACCUGUGCUGGGAUUCGUGGCGCUUUUUUGCCCGGAAAUCUCCUGGCCUGGCUCCCUGUUUCAGUCCCCUUUUUUUGUCAGUUGAAUGGGCGACUGUCUCCCAGGAGCUCCAAUUGCCAGCUAUAAUGGCUCCUGGACCCGUGUAUUUUGUGUGGAGACUCGCCAUGCUGGCCAAAACAGCUGCGCUGGCCACCCGUGGGGCUCCUCCGCCUGGGAAUCUCCUGGUCUCUGGGCAAUAAAAAUCCAUCUGGAAAUGCAGUGUCCACUCACCCUCUGCACUUUCGCUGGGAGCUGCAAUCCUUUGCUGCUCCUAACUGGCCAUCUUGGAUCCGUCCUAAUUUGUUUUUAUAGUAUUGCUGUGAUAACCAGCUUCUUGCCAGCUAAAACUAACUGUUCAGAUUUCAUACUAAAAGCUGUUCAGGCUUUAUAUUAGCUUCUUGAGCUGAACAGACUCCAUGUUAGGUUCUUCAUUUUAGUUAUUCUCUCACCAUUAAUGUGUAACUAUAGUAUAAAGCUGGGUGAGGCUUUAUACUAUAAGCCUCAGGAAUGGCACACAGGAAUGGGCACACAGGAACGCAUUUGUUGAUAAGAGGCUGAGUUAAGUGGUACCAGCAGAUGCAGUCAGCACCCAAAGCCCUCAUUAUCUAUAAGUUGUAUGUCAUUCAUGACAGCUUUACCUCUUUCACCUGGCACUGUUUUAUUUCUUAUGUAUCAGUUGAUCUUUUAACUUCUUGCUUACUCUACUUUUGUGAAAAUUUGCUUCAACUAGGUUCCCCCUCCGUUUUAGAACUAAUGUAUAAAAAAAUCACCUAACUUUUUCUUCAGGGCCAAGAGAAUUUUAGGCAUUAGCCACUCUUCGUCUCCAGCUAAAUAAAAAAACUCAUAAUUCAAUCUCAAACUGUGGCACAUUCCUUGACUUGCUUGGGUAAAACAUUGAAAAUUGAUUUUUAAAAAAAUUUUGUUAUUUUAUGGAAAUGAAACAAAUAUUUGUAUGUUGGAGCAGGUAUAGUGGUUCAAUUUUGUAAUCCAAGCACUUUCAGAGGCCAAAGCACGUGGAUCACUUCAGCACAAGAGUUUGAGCUGAUCCUGGGCCUCAGAGUAAGACCCUGUCUCAAAAACACAAACAAAAAAAACCCCACAAAUAUUUGUAUGUUGAUCAUGUAUUCUGAUACCUUAAUGAAUGCACAUUAUCUACAAACAGUAACAUUUUUACUUCUUUUGCAAGCAGGAGAGCUUUGUUCUCAUUUUCUUUGCCUAAUUGUUCUGAUACAAGCUUUCAGUCAUAUGUUAAGAUAGAAGCUGUUGUCCUGGAGGCAAGCUUGCAGACAUUGGCCUCCUGGUCCCUGAAGCAGCUUUGUGUCUGUAUAUUUUAAGGAUUUAACAGUGAUUACAGUUUCUAUAAUCUAUUUUUUGGCAGGUAAACAUCUCCUUUUGUUGGGUCCGCCGGUUGAUGAGAUUACCUCUGGUGUUGCAGAGAAGGGUUGUAGCUGCGUCACAAAGGUGCUGCUGUGGGGUCUGCCUUUGAUGGUUGUAUUACCAGAGAUUUGCACAGUCAUAGAUUCUUUCUGGGUCCAGGAAAGAUUAGAUUUCCUUGAGGACAUUAAUCUAUAUGGCAGACUGUAGGGUUGGGUUUUGAAGUUUGUGUACAUGUGAUGGUCCAAGUAUUAGGUGUAUGAAUGGAUUUGGCUUCUACUGACUGCCUGAGAACAAUUUUUGGAGGUCUCUCUGUGGGCCUCUGAUUGUGUGCAAAUGGCCAUGGACUGUGACUAGAAAUGGCUAGAACUGAGUCACAGGGCUGCGUCAGGGACAGCUAAGGCUAUGGUCUGCAGGCGUGUCUCCGGGGCCCUGGCUGGGUGUGUCUUCCUACAGGUCUCUUGAUGGGAAGGACCACUUCUGGACUAUAGCUGAGACUGAAUUUGAAAGAGGUUAUAGAACUGCUUCAGAAUCCCCAGUAAGACGAAGCUGCGUACCCUCUUUCUAUGUCUGUAGCCAUGUCUAUGGGCUCUGGAGUUGGCACGUGGGUGAGGGCCUGCUAUUUCCAAAUAACCCUCCUUGAUCUCUUGACUCCACUGAGGUUUGACAACCCUAAUUAUAGGCAAGCACCUUUCUACUUAGUUUUCUAGGAAUGUAUUCCUUAAAUUAUCUUAUAUAAGUAUAAUCAUACACUGUCACUUUGUUAGUGUCUUAUUUGCUUAAAAUAAUGGCUUUAAGAUUUAUCCUUCUUGUAGCAUCUGGUAAGAUAUUUUCUUUUGAGUCUCAAGAAUUUUUCAUUGUAUGUGUAAGCCACAUCCUUUUAAAUUAUUCAUCUGUUGAAGGAUGUUUGAGUUUUUUCACUUUUCGGCUUUUGUAAAUAAUAUGGUUUGGAUCUGUGGCUCCAUUCAAAUCUCACAUCAAAUCAUAAUCUCUAAUAUUGGAGGUGGAGCCUGGUGGGAAGUGAUUGGAUCAUAGGGUUGGCUUCUCAUGGAUCGUUUGGCACUAUCCCCUUUGGUGCUGUCUUCACCUUAGUGAGUGAUUUCUCCUGAGAUCUCAUUUUCUUUCGUUCUGUUUUUUUUUUUAAUAGCUACUCCAUUGCAAUUUAAUCUAAAAAUGAAAUUUCUACAGAAACAGGAACUAUUGUAAAAAAGAAAAAAAAAUUCCUUAUUCAAACCUCUUUGUUAUGGUAAUGGCUGCAAAUUUUGCAGCAUUUAGAAAAUUACGCUGUCAGCAAGCUUUGCUUUAGUAAUGAGAUGUACAAAAUCUAGAAAGCAGAUGAAAGUGAAUUUUUUCUUCAACAUUUUAGUCAAACUUCUGAUAAUCAGCAUUCAAAGUAAAUAUGGUACAUAACAACUCAAGCAUACAUUAAGAUGGAGAACCUGGAGAGUUUGAUUUCUUAAAUUUUCCAAGAAGCUACCAUUGCAACAUAUAGGAUUCCCCCCAUUUUAAUUUUACAAAGUUUCAAAGGAAACAAAAGGGAGUGGAUUACAUGUAGACAGCAUGUGCACACGUGUACACACAUGCAGGGUGGUAGGUAGACUGUCUGAUUUCUUAUUCCCACCACCCACGUCUCACUUCACAGAAACAAUUAGGAAAGGAAAAACCAAUGAGUAGUUCUUCAGUUUUCUUUUAAUAACUGAGGCUGAGGCAGGAGAAUUGCUUGAACCCAGAAGGCGGAGGAUACAGUGAGCCAAGAUUGUGUCACUGCACUCCAGCCUUGGAGACUGAGAUUCUGUCCCAAUAAAAGAAAGAAAAAGAAAAAGACAACAAAAAAGAUAAAAGGUACAGAUAGAACUUAGUACUACCAUUUCAUUCAUUGUUUUCUGACCACUUAGUAGUUUCUGUUUAAUUCUUUCAUGCUGCCUUCUCUUGUGUAAUAUUGAGUUUUUGUUGUUUUUAUUAUUAUAAGGGUUAUUGCCUUGCGAGGUUCAUUACCAAGUUUAAAAUGAGGAAACUGAGGCCAGCACAAUAAGAUUAAAUGCCAAUUUAUUCGGCUCCUGGGUGAGGUUCUGUGGUCCCAGGGGAAAGAGGCCAGAGAAGUCACACCAGACUCCUCUGGGUGAGGGGUUUUAUAGGGAGUGAAGGCGUUUGAUUGGCUGUGGAGAAACAGGACGUGGACAUGGCAAGCUGCUAUAGGUAGGUAGGUGGGAUUUCCGGAUGGGGCAAUGUGCUAUUGGGCAGGUUUUGGCAGGGCUUUCCAACGGUGGGCUAGUUGCCGAGUGCAGAGGGGAUUUCCAAGGGCAGGGUUGAGUGCCGAGUGCAGAAGGGAUUUCCAAGACUGAGCUAGAUGAUGGGCAUAUUCUGGCGACGUAAUUUUCAGGUGGGGAGAGGAAUGGCCGUGUCAGAGCUCCCGGCGAGUCAACCAGCUUUACGGUUACAUGCUUUGGUUUGUGUGUGUGUGUGUGUGUGUGUGUGUGUGUGUGUGUCUACUAGUUGUUGUUUUUUUUUUUUUGGUAAUUAAGAGACAUAAAUUAUCUCAUAGUUACAAAAGUCUAGCUUAAGAUAACAAUCUGAUUUCUGCUUUUAUCCACAUAGGGUCUUGCUUUGUUUUCCAGGCUGUAGUGCAAUGGUGCAUUCAUAACUCAAUGCAGCCUCAAACCCUCCUCUAUCAAACAGUUUUCCCAUCUCAGCCUCCUGAGCAGCUGGGACUACAAGCAUAUGCCACCAUGUCCAUCCAGCUAACUUUUUUGGUAUUUUUUUGUAGAGACAGGGUUUUGCCAUGUUGCUCAGGCUGGUCUUGAACCCCUGGGCUCAAGAAAUCCAUCUUUGUUGGUCUCACAAAGUGCUAGGUUCAUAGACAUACAUUAUCAGGCCUAGCUGCUGCUUUUUAAAAAAAGGCUAAAUAGCUUUCUGAAAUAUUUAUUUUAUUUUAUUUAUGUAUUUAGAGACAGGGUCCUGCUAUAUUUGACCAGGCUGGUUUUGAACUCCUGGCCUCAAGCAAAAGUUAACUUCUAUGUAUAAAAUUAUUAAACAGUUUUACCCCCUUCAACACACUGUGUCACACUUUACGUCUUUUUAUAUUAUAUACUGUUAACAGAUUAUUGAAGCUAUAUGCUUUAUUCACUCACUUUUUUUAAAUUGCAUUUUAGGUUUGGGGGUAUAUGUGAAGAACAUGCAAGAUAGUUGCAUAGAUACACAGGUGGCAGUGUGAUUUGCUGCCUUCCUCCCCUUCAUUUAUAUCUGGCAUUUCUCCCCAUGCUAUCUCUCCCAAACUCUCCACCCCCCCACUGCCCCUCCCCUAUUCCCCCCAACAGACCCCAGUGUGUAGUGCUCUCCUCCCUGUGUCCAUGUGUUCUCUUUGUUCAACACCUGUCUAUGAGUGAGAACAUGCGGUAUUUCAUUUUUUGUUCUUGUGUCAGUUUGCUGAGAAUGAUGUUCUCCAGGUUCAUCCAUGUCCCUACAAAGGACAUGAACUCAUCGUUUUUGAUGGCUGCAUAAUAUUCCAUAGUGUAUAUGUGCCACAUUUUCCCUGUCUAGUCUAUCAUCGAUAGGCAUUUGGGUUGAUUCCAGGUCUUUGCUAUUGUAAACAGUGCUGCAAUGAACAUUCGUGUGCAUGUGUCCUUAUAGUAGAACGAUUUAUAAUCCUUUCAGAUAUAUACCCAGUAAUGGGAUUGCUGGGUCAAGUGGAAUUUCUAUUUCUAGGUCCUUGAUGAAUCGCCACACUGUCUUCCACAAUGGUUGAAGUAAUUUACACUCCCACCAGCAGUGUAAAAGUGUUCGUAUUUCACCACAUCCUCUCCAGCAUCUGUUGUGUGCAGAUUUUUAAAUGAUCGCCAUUCUAACUGGCACGAGAUGGUAUCUCAAUGUAGUUUUGAUUUGCAUUUCUCUAAUGACCAGUGAUGAUGAGCAUUUUUUCAUAUGUUUGUUGGCCUCAUGUAUGUCUUCUGUAAAGUGUCUGUUCAUAUCCUUUGCCCACUUUUGAAUGGGUUUGUUUUUUUCCUGUAAAUCUGUUUGAGUUCUUUGUAAAUUCUGGAUAUCAGCCCUUUGUCAGAUGGGUAAACUGCAAAAAGUUUUUCCCAUUCUGUUGGUUGCCGAUUCAUUCUAAUUUAGACUGUUUCUUUUGCUGUGCAGAAGCUGUGGAGUUUGAUUACAUCCCAUUUGUCUAUUUUGGCUUUUGUUGCCAAUGCUUUUGGUGUUUUGAACAUGAAGUCCUUGCCUACCCCUAUGUCCUGAAUGGCUUUGCCUAGAUUUUCUUCCAGGGUUUUGAUGGUGUUAGGUCUUAUGUUUAAGUCUUUAAUCCAUCUGGAGUUAAUUUUAGUGUAAGGUGUCAGGAAGGGGUCCAGUUUUUGCUUUCUGCACAUGGGUAGCCAGUUUUCCCAACACCAUUUAUUAAACAGGGACUCCUUUCCCCAUUGCUUGUUUUUGUCAGGUUUAUCAAAGAUUGUAUGGUUGUAGAUAUGUUGUGCUGCCUCUGAGGCCUCUGUUGUAUUCCAUUCGUCUAUAUCUCUAUUUUGGUACCAGUACAAUGCUGUUUUGAUUACUGUAGCCUUGUAGUAUAGUUUUAAGUCCGGUAGUAUGAUGCCUCCUGAUUUUUUUUUUUUUUUUUUUUUUUUUUUGCUUAGAAUUGACUUGGCUAUGCGGGCUCUCUUUUGGUUUCAUAUGAAGUUUAAGGUAGUUUUUUCUAGUUCUGUGAAGAAGGUCAUUGGUAGCUUGAUGGGGAUAGUGUUGAAUCUGUAAAUUGCUUUGGGCACUAUGGCCAUUUUCACGAUAUUGAUUCUUCCUAAGCAUGAACAUGGAAUGUUUCUCCAUCUGUUUGUGUCCUCUCUUAUUUUGUUGAGCAGUGGUUUGUAGUUCACUCACUUUUUAAAAAAUUGUAAUUAGGAACUUUCAAAUGAGUUUUUUUUUUCAGACUUGAGUCUUGCUCUGUAGCCUAGGCUGGAGUGCGGUGGUGUGAUCUUGGCUUACUACAACCUCUGCCUCCCAGGUUCAAGCAAUUCUCUUGCCUCAGUCUCCUGAGUAGCUGGGAUUAUAGGCUCCCGCCACCACUCCUGGCUAAUUUUUGUAGUUUUAGUAGACGGGAUUUCACAAUGUCAGCUAGGCUGGUUUUGACCUCCUGGCCUCAGGUGAUCAACCCACCUUGGCCUCCCAAAGUGCUGGGAUUACAGGCAUGAUCCACCGCACCCAGCCUCAAAUAACAAGUUUGCUGGUGUUUUUUUGCCCUGAUAACUGAGUCUCAUGUUAAAGCUUUCUGUUAAAUGUUUUAGUUCUACUAUUGUGUACUUCAGCUUCAGCAGAUCUCCUUGCUUGCUUUUUAAUGUUUUAUCUUUUUUUAUUAUAAUUAAUUUUCCUAAUGCAUUGUUGAAAAAAAUUUGUUAAUCUGUGUACUUUUGCAUCUUAUCUAGAUUUUUUAAGAUAAUUUUUUGAAUUCUGUUAGCGAUUUUUUUAUUAUUAUACUUUAAGUUCUGAGAUACAUGUGCAAACAUGCAGGUUCAUUACAUAGGUAUACACGUGCCAUGGUGGUUUGCUGCACCCUUCAACCCAUCAUUUACACUAGGUAUUCCUCCUAAUACUAUCCCUUGCCUACCCCCACCCCUGAUAGGUCCUGGUGUGUGAUGUUCCCCUUUCUGUGUCCAGAUUUUCUCAUUGUUCAACUCCCACUUAUGAGUGAGAACAUGCGGUGUUUGGUUUUCUGUCUUUGUGUUAGUUUUUGGAGAAUGAUGGUUUCAAGCUUCAUCCUUGUUCCUGUAAAGGACAUGAACUCAUUCUUUUUUAUGACUGCAUAGUAUUCCAUGGUGUAUACGUGCCACAUUUUCUUUAGUGUGUCAUUGAUGGGCAUUUGGGUUAGUUCCAAGUCUUUGCUAUUGUGAACAGUGCUGUACACAUAUGUGUGCAUGUAUCUUUGUAGCAGAAUGAUUUAGAAUCCUUUGGGUAUAUACCCAGUAAUGGGAUUGCUGGUCAGAUCGUAUUUCUGGUUCUAAAUCUUUGAGGAAUUGCCACACUGUCUUCCACAAUGGUUGAACUAAUUUUACUCCCACAAACAGUGUAAAAGCAUUUUUAUUUCUCCACAUUCUCGUAAGCAUCUGUUUCCUAACUUUUUAAUGAUCGCCAUUUGAACUGGUAUGAGAUAGUGUCUCACUGUGGUUUUGAUUUGCAUUUCUCUAAUGACCAGUGAUAAGAUUUUUUUUUCACAUUUCUUGGCCGCAUAAAUGUCUUCUUUUGAGAAGUGCCUGCCCACAUCCUUUGCCCACUUUUUGAUAGGGUUGUUUAUCAGAUGGAUAGAUUGCAAAAUUAUUUUCCCAUUCUCUAGGUUGCCUGUUCCUCUAAUGAUUCCUUCUUUUGCUGUGCAGAAGCUAUUUAGUUUAAUUAGGUCUCAUUUGUCAAUUUUGGCUUUUGUUGCCAUUGCUUUUUGUUUUUUAGUCAUGAAGUCUUUGCUCAUGCCUAUGUCCUGAAUGGUAUUGCCUAGGUUUUCUUCUAGGCAAUACCGUUGUUUUUGUGUUAGGUCUUAUGUUUAAGUCUUUAAUGCAUCUUGAGUUAAUUUUUGUAUAAGGUGUAAGGAAGGGGUCGAGUUUCAGUUUUCUGCAUAUGGCUAGCAAGUUUUCCCAACACCACUUAUUAAAUAGGGAAGCCUUUCCCCAUUUCCUGUUUUUGUCAGGUUUCUCAAAGAUCAGAUGGUUGUAGAUGUGUGGUGUUAAUUCUGAGGCUUCUGUUCUGUUGGUCUACAUAUCUGUUUUGGUACCAGUACUAUGCUGUUUUGGCUACUGUAGCCUUGCAAUAUAGUUUGAAGUCAGGUAGUGUGAUGCCUCCAGCUUUGUUCUUUUUGUUUAGGAUUCUCUUGGCUAUGUCGGCUCUUUUUUGGUUCUAUAUGAAAUUUAAAGUAGUUUUUUUUAAUUCUGUGACAAAAGUCAAUGGUAGCUUGAUGGGAAUAGCAUUGAAUCUAUAUAUUACUUUGGGCACUAUGGCCAUUUUCAUGAUACUGAUUCUUCCUGUUCAUGAGCAUGGAAUGUUUGUUCAUUUGUUUGUGUUCUCUCUUAUUUCCUUGAGCAGUGGUUUGUAGUUCUCCUUGAAGAGGUCCUUUACGUUCCUUGUAAGUUGUAUUCCUAGGUAUUUUAUUCUCUUUGUAGCAAUUGUGAAUGAGAGUUCAUUCAUGAUUUGGUUCUCUAUUAUUGGUAUAUAGGAAUACUUGUGAUUUCUGCACAUCGAUUUUAUAUCUUGAGACUUUGCUGAAUUUGCUUUCUCAGCUUAAGGAGAUUUUGGGCUGAGAUGAUGGGGUUUUCUAAAUAUAUAAUCAUGUCAUCUGCAAACAAACAAUUUGACUUCCUCUCUUUUUAUUUGAAUACACGUUUUUUCUUUCUUCUUUCUUUCUCUUGCCUGGCUGCCCUGGCCAGAACUUCCAAUACUGUGUUGAAUAGGAGUGGUGAGACAGGGCAUCCUUGACUCGUUCUGGUAUUCAAAGGGAAUGCUUCCUGCUUUUGCCCAUUCAGCAUGAUAUUGGCUGUGGGUGUGUCAUAAAUAGCUUUUAUUAUUUUUGAGAUACGUUCCAUUAAUAUGUAGUUUACUGAGUUUUUAGCACAAAAGGGGUGUUGAAUUUCAUCAAAGGCCUUUUCUUCAUUUAUUGUAAUAGAUAAUUAUGUGGUUUUUGUCAUUGGUUCUAUUUAUGUGAUGAAUUAUGUUUAUGGAUUUGUGUAUGUUGAACCAGGCUUGCAGGGAUGAAGCUGACUUGAUCAUGGUGUAUAAGCUUUUUGAUGUGCUGCUGCUAGAUUCAUUUGGUUUGCCAGCAUUUUAUUGAGGGUUUUCACAUUGAUGUUCAUCAGGGAUACUGGCCUGAAAUUUUCUUCUUUUGUUGUGUCUCUGCCAGGUUUUGUUAUCAGAAUGCUGGCCUCAUAAAAUUAGUUAGGGAGGAGUCCUUUUUCUGUUGUUUCCAACCGUUUCAGAAGGAAUGGUACCAGUCUUCUUUGUACCUCUGGUAGAAUUUGGCUGUGAUUCCAUGGGGCUUUUUUGGUUGGUAGGCUAUUAAUUACUGCCUGAAUUUUGGAACUUGUUAUCUAUCGGUCUCUUCAGGGAUUCGCCUUCUUCCUCAUUUAGUCUUGGGAAAGUGUAUGUGUCCAGGAAUUUAUCCAUUUCCUCUAGAUUUUUAGUUUAUUUGUAUAGAGGUGUUUACGGUAUUCUCUGAUGGUAGUUUGUAUUUCUGUGGGAUUAAUGGUGAUAUCCCCUUUAUCAUUUUUUAUUGUGUCUAUUUGAUUAUUCUCUCUUUUCUUCUUUAUUAGUCAUGCUAGUGGUCUAUUUUUUUUUUUUUUUUUUUAUCUUUUCAAAAAACCAGCUCCUGGAUUUGUUGAGUUUUUGGAAGGGUUUUUCAUGUCUCUGUCUCUUUCAGUUCUGUUUAGUUCUGAUCUUAGUUAUUUCUUGUCUUCUGCUAGCUUUUGAAUUUGUUUGCUCUUGCUUCUCUAGUUCUUUUAAUUGUGAUAUGGUAUUGAUUUUAGAUCUUUCCUGCUUUCUCUUGUGGGCAUUUUAGUGCUAUAAAUUUCCCUCUAAGGACUGCUUUGGCUGUGUCCCAGAUUCUGGUACAUUGUAUCUUUGUUCUCAUUGGAUUCAAAUAAUGUAUUUAUUUCUGCUUUAGUUUUGUUAUUUACCUAGUAGUCAUUCGGGAGCAGGUUGUUCAGUUUCUGUGUAGUUGUGCGGCUUUUGAGUGAGUUUCUUAAUCCUUCUAAUUUGAUUGCACUGUGGUCUGAGAGACGGUUUUUUAUUAUUUCUGUUCUUUUGUAUUUGCUGAGGAGUGUUUUACUUCCAAUUAUGUGGUCAAUUUUAGAAUAAAUGUGAUGUGGUUCUGAGAAGAAUGUAUAUUCUGUUGAUUUGAGGUAGAGAGUUCUGUAGAUGUGUUUAGGUUCACUUGGUCCAGAGCUGAGUUCAAGUUUUGAAUAUCCUUGUUAAUUUUCUGUCUUGUUGAUCCAUCUGAUAUUGACGGAGUGAGUUGUUGAAGUCUCCUGCUAUUAUUGUGUGGGAGUCUACAUCUCUUUGUAGGUCUCUACAAACUUGCUUUAUGAAUCUGGGUGCUCCUGUAUUGGGUACAUAUGUAUUCAGGAUAGUUAUCUCUUCUUGUUGCAUUGAGCCCUUUACCAUUAUGUAAUUACCUUCUUUUUUUAAAUCUUUGUUAAAGUCUGAUUUUAUCAGAGAUUAGAAUUGCAACCCCCCCCCCCACUUUUUUUUUUUGCUUUUCAUUUGCUUGGUAAAUAUUCCUCCAUCGUUUGAGCUCAUGUGCGUCUUUACAUGAGAUGGGUCUCCUGAAUACAGCACACUGAUGGAUCUUUAUAUAAUUUUGAGACUCUUUAUCUAAUUUAAAAAGUUUUUGUCUUUUAAUUGGGGGCAUUUAGCCCAUUUACAUUUAAGGUUAAUUUGUUAUGUGUAACUUUGGUCCUGUUAUGAUACUUGCUGAUUAUUUUGUGUAUUCGUUGAUGCAGUUUCUUCAUAGUAUCAAUGGUCUUUACAAUUUGGUAUGCUUUUGCAGUGGGUAGUACUGGUGUUUCCUUUCCAUGUUAAGUGCUUCUUCAGGAGCUCUUGUAAGAGAGGCAUUAUGGUGACAAAAUCUCUCAGCAUUUGCUUGUCCUUCACUUAUGAAGCUUAGUUUGGCUGGACAUGAAAUUCUGGGUUGAAAAUUCUUUAAGAGGGUUGAAUAUUGGCCCCACUCUCUUCUGGCUUAUAAGGUUUCUGCAGAGAGAUCUGCUGUUAGUCUGAUGGGCUUCCCUUUGUGGGUAACAUUUUCUGUUAGCCAUUUUUUAGAUCUAUAUUUCAUUGUUAGUGGUUCCUGGAUCAUUUUUAGUUUCCUUUGAUGGUGUUACGUUUUUCUGAUUCUUCAUAAUUUUUAAAGCCUUGUUUUGAUAUCAUUGCAUCUGAAGGAGUAAAUACUUCUUUCAGUCAUUAUAUACUAGUCUGGGGAGGUAAGUAUCUUUUAUUGGAUUUCUGGGCUGAUGAGAUUUCCACUGAGAUUAUAAUAAAGUGCUUUGGAUCCAGGUCACAUAACAACUACUACUGGGUUUGCAGUGAAAUUCAUGAUUGUCAGACCUGUUAUCGGGGCAUCAGACAGUUGUGGAUUCUAUUUUCUGAGAAAAGUGAACUUUCUUCAAGAUGUUGAUCAAUGUCACUGGCACUGCGGGGAAAAAACCCUCCAAUUAUAUCUGCAGAUUAAGGUACUGAUACACUCAUUGUGAGUAGGUGUGGCUCCUGCUGUGUGGCUCUUGCUGGGUGUUUGGAAAUGCUCUAACCUAGUGAUUGGACAGGUUCGUAGAUCAAUGUCUUCAGGUCUGUUUUUGAGUUCACGGCAUUGCUCCCUCUGGAUUUCUGGGUGGGUAGGACUUCUCACAGACUCUAGCUGAUAAUAGUCUGAUGUAGCUCAGACUCUAGGUUGGUUAUAGGACCGCUUCAAGAUUCACAAAAGGAAUAAAGUCAGCCAGCAUGCCUACAAUGGCACAUAUAGGUGUGCUUUUUGACAGGUACCAGGUUAGGAAAAACUUCUGGACUUGGAGCCAGGUUAUAGUGCCACGUCAAGAUCCACCAUUAAAUAAAUACUGGUAAGCCUACAUCCAGGGGUACUUACUGAUGGAUGUUUCUGUGGGUGUCUGGGCAGGAUUACUUCCAUACCAUGACUGACAUGUGCAAAGGGUAUAUUUUGGUGCAAAGCUUAUAGCUUGCAGUGAAUGCUGAGAAUAAAGUACUCAGACAUUCCAGCUGAAUGGGGUUGGGGGUAGCUCCUCUGAGAGAGUCCGCCCCAGCAUAUGUCUGCCAAGUAUGUAUUGAAAGGGCUUGUAUUACCUACUAACAUCCAUCCACUAGAUGGCUUUUUGAGUCGGUUAGUGAGGCACCUGUGACCUUAUAUGAUAUUCCAACUGCAUUCUCAGGAGGCUCUUUUCAGCAUUCCUUAUUACACCACAGACUCCACUCUGUCCUGUUUUCAGGGUCGAGUUUCAUUCUCAUGCACAAAUAAUAUACACACAGUGCCUCAGUAUGUUUCCAUACCCUAACCUCAAAUGCCUUGUACAUAAGCUUGAACAUAUUGCUGUGCACUCCCCCACAUGUACCAAUUCUUUAACUCUUAGAGCCUGCAGUUAUCCAAUGCAAGGUAAGCUUCUAUUUUUCUCUGGCCGUAGAUGUGUCGAUGGCAGCACAGAGCCAUCUGCAAAUGCCUAGCAAAUAGAUAUAAAAAAGAAUAAGUAUAGCGGCCAUCACCCAAAUACCUAUGUUUAACCCAGACAACCAAGUGUUUGGGUUUAACCAUCAAAAUCCUUCUUGUGAUUCCGGAAGGCUACUUGUUUGUAUAGCUGCGACCAUUCUUUAUUUCUUUAAUUUACACUCAAGAGUGGAAAUUUGAGAAGACGAAUUGUUAUAAGACCCUUGAAGAUGUGCUUCCACUCUCUGCCAAGCAUAUUUUAAGCUAUUAAAUGGCAGGGGUGUGCUACAGAUAAAAUUAUAUUGCCAAUCACAGUGUAAAUUUUGACAGGUAAUGAAUGCCUGCUGCUGAUUCCCCAGCCAUUCAACAGCAGCUUCAAGAGUCCAGGAGAGACAGAACAGUUGUAUCAAUAUUUACCUGUUCUUGAAAUUGAUGGGUUACAUUGUAUACCAUGUGGUUCACCACUGAGGCUGUGCGAAUAGAUUCUGUCAGAGGAUCAGCUGCAAUAGCAGCAGUUGCUAGUAUGAUAAUAGCUGAGACUAAAAAAGACUAUAUAUUUUUUAUUUAUUUACUGUAAAAUCUAAUGCAUCAUUGUUGAGAAUCUCCCCAUGCAAAUUCUAUUUUUAUAUGGUACUCACACUAGAGCUGUUUCUUGUUUUUUAUUUUUAUUUUUUUACUUCAUAAAGUAUGUGAGCUGGUCAGAAAUUAUAAUAAUGGGUUUUCUUUAACAAUUUAGUGUACAGAAAGUACUUUUUAGAUGCAAUUUCACAACGUGUGUAUUUAAUUAGAACAUUUCAUUUUAAUUGGAUAACCUUAGAUAAGCUGUUUAGUUAUUGUUCCUUUCACUUUUUAUAAUUGACAUAAAUGGGUUUCUUUAUUUGGUCAAUUUGUUCAGGUAAAUACUGGGAAAACAGAAGUCAUAGGGAUGUUUUGAUAUAUAAUUGUACUGAACAAACACAAGAACGUGCUGGGUGUGUAACAGAUGCUCUAGAACUAGCCAUAAAUAUUCCUGGAGUUAGUUUGUAGCUCCAAGUAAGAGACUGAAAAUAUUUAUGGUGAAGAAAUGGCAUUAAUUGUAUAUGUGGAGAGGACAACUGUUCCCAGGCUGCAAAACUGACUUAUUCUGAAUUUAAAGAAGAUUUAUGUAUUUAUUUUCUGAUUAUCUUUAGUUUUGUGAUGUCUUCAUGUGUUUAUCCCCAGCUAUGUAUGCCUCACAGGUCUUUUUCUUUGUGUUAUGGCUACAUUUUCCUCAUUGUUAUCUUUAUCCUAUGUAAUUUCUAUGGACUUUCUAGGAUUCAAUGAGAAGAUUGGAAUUUUUUUGUUAUCUUUAAAAUUUAUUUAUUUUUAGAGAUGGGUUUCACCAUGUUGGUCAGACUGGUCUCGAACCUCUGACCUCAUGAUCUGCCCGCCUCAGCCUCCCAAAGGGCUGAGGAUUGUCCAAAUUACAGAGGAUUGGAAUUUUUAAUGUGAUAAAUUAUUGUUUUUAACUGGGGUGUUUGAGAUUAUUUAUAGCUUAUCAAUGCAACAUUCAUAUCACUUAACUGAGAUAAAAGUAAUUCACUGUCCACAAGUAAGAAGAUUAAGUCAACAUUGUUUCUGUUUUUUGUAAAGAGAAAAAUUGUAUGAGAUUCUAACACAGUGUAUUGAAUGUAAUCUAAGUCAGAAUAGGUAAAGCAUUAAUAUAAGUUGGUUGCAUAUUGUAAGCGCCAUAUGAAGAGAAAUAUAUUACAAUUUUGAAAUCUCAUAAGAUAACAUACACUUAGAAGUAAACUUUAAGAGACUUAAUGGUAUGUGAAGAAUUUUAAAUAGCAUUUUCUAUGGCAUAGCAAAACUUAUUUUUUUAAUGCUGAAUCUUCUAUUUUUCAAUGUAAAGGUUAAGUGUUGGAAAAACUAAUCUAUGUAGACUCAAAAUCUGCAAUGAUCUUUUUUAUGGAAAUUCAUAUUACAAUCUUGAGGCAUGUGUUAUGAUUUUUUGCUUUGUUUUAGUGGAUGCAGUUCAUGGGAUACAGUUUUCAUCUUUAGUCAACUAACUUAUUCCAAGUUCUUGGUCACCUUCUCUGGAAAAAAAUUCGGAGAUUAUGGCAGCCAUUGAAUUCAAAUAUUCAUUAGUUACAUUAAUAUAAUUCAGCAUAUACCUAUUAAUUUAUACCAAAUACUAACCAUAACACUUUAUAUGUGUUAAUUUUCACAGAAAAUAGCUAGCAUAGUUAUUAUCCGUAUUUUACAGAGGGAGGAACAGAGCCACAGAAAAAAAUGACUUCCUCACUACAGCAGAACCAGUACUAAAACACAGGCAACUUUGACUCCAGAGAUAACACUCUUAACUAUUACAGCAAACACUCUCUUCAAAUAAAAAAAAUACAUUAUCUUCACCUAUUUUUAAUAUAAAUUACAUUUCUUAUAUACAUGUGUAAAUGUAUAUAUUAUAAUACAGAAAAGAGAAAUACUUCCUCAAUUUAAACCAUAAAAACUCUAGAAAUUGCUCUUUGAUACUGACAUGUGGAAACAAUUUCCUUUCAAUUAUGCUUCCUCACCCCUCCAGCAAUUCAGAAUACUUAUAGCAUAUUUUUUUUUACCCAGAACUAGUCAGCAAAUGCUGUAUUAAGAAACACAUCUAAUACACGGUGAUUUUAUUACCUUAAGUGCAAAAUUACUGAAUCGAAUAAUUAUUUUACUCUAUUAGUUUUCUUUGUGUCUGUUUCUCAGUUUUGUCUAAAUACUACCAGUUAUCUUAGAGUUGCUCCCCAAAUAGUUGUUUAUAAAACUUCAAAUUAUCUCCAGGAACCUCAUCUCAGCAGUCAAAACUCAGAGCCCUAGAACUAAGAAAGGAUGAAAAAGUUACUAUUAAUACAAACUUCAAAUAUGCCUUUUAGAAAAGACUAUACAUAUGCAGCCAUUUAGAAAGAGGAUCUUGACAGCAAAAGAUACCCCUACUAAAUUAGCAGGAAGUAGCCAGAAAGAGUCGUCCCCAAACCCCUAAUAGCAGUUAGGGUGACUUCUCCACAGGGUUGAAUUUUGUAGGAGUUAAAUUUAUAAUUUCAUUUAUGUGAGAUACUUUUAGUAGCUCAUAAAAACAAAAUACAGAAGUGUUUGUCAAGAGCUGGGGGCGGGUGAAAGUGUUACCAGUAAUUGUAAGUUUCUUAGUUCUUGUUUUCUUGAGAGAAAUAAUUUAGACUGGAGACAAUUAGUGAAGGAAGCCAAGAGUUUAUCAAAGGAAAAUAGAGUACACACUAAAAGAGGAAUGGGGUGGCACAGCUGGAAACAGCCUUGAGAGUUACAUGUUGCCGUUUUUAUCACAGACUUUAACAAAAAAAUUCUCACCUCUGUCUUAAGUGUCUGGCCUUUUCUUUGUUUAGUUUCCUGCUUCCAGGUAAAUGUCUUUAUCCUCACUGAGUUUCUGCCCAGGUCUGAGAUGCUUCCUUACUAUCAGCUGAUUGUUCCAGUGAUCAAUGAGUUAAUGGCAGCGUUGCUUAUUACCACCACCCUAGGAAAAUCACAUAGCAGUCAAAUCUGUACUUAUUGGGCCUAUCUCUUAGGAAUUUUCCUUUUGCCCUUUUCCCCUUUUUAUUAGCAUGUAGCUAGUUACAUCUUGACAGUUUAAUCACAGUAUGAGCAAUUACUGGGUAUCUUUAGGGGUGUUUCCAGGUGUACUUCAUAGGCAUUUGUACUCCUCUCCGUUCAAAUUUAGCAUACAUGUUUUGGGUUGUCUUUUGAGCAUGAGAUUAUUUCUCCCCAGGGGCUCUUUUUUUCUGCUCAUGUCUAACUAACUCCCCACUCUAAAAUUUGCUCAAUAGCUUGAGACUCUAUAAUUAAUCUUUGAGUCUAGGGGCACUGUGGGUUCUUCUGUAAAUACUUCCUGCUUAUAUAAAGAACUCAUCAGUGUCUCAUUAUCUUGCUCUUUGUCAGAAACAGAUUCCCUCAAUGUUCUUCCAGAAGGUUCAACUUGCAAUGUCCAGAGGAAAAUGUGGAGGAACAUGGUUGUCCAGAAGGGAGGAAAAUAGGCCGAUAUUCCUAUUGCAGGACCGUUUGAAGACUGAGUUUCUAGGCAAAUUCUUUCAUGAGCUGCAGCCGGUGUGGCAAGACGUCUACAGUUUGGAACUACAGCCAUAAGAAAAUCAACUUGUUGCUGUCACUCUGAGCAGUGAUUUCUGUUUUGUGAGUCAGUACCAGAGACAGGUUGUGUGAUUUACUGAGAGAAAGAAAAAGGAGAUGCAAUAGCUUCCAUGAAGAGUAUGGAAGGGGACCCCAGAGGGGAAAUCCCAGAGAGGAAAGACAGCUUCCACAACAGGAGUGUGGAAUGGGACCCAAGUAUGGAAUCCAGCAGAGGAACAGCAGCUACCACAAUUGUUGUGUAAGGGGACCCUAGAGAGGUAAGUCAACCUGGAUGAGGGAGACAGACAGGUUGAAUGAAAUAGUCUUUACAUUACCCCUGGCCAAGAAAAAGAGUUCCCUUAAACUUCUGCUAGAGUGAUUGACUUUUGACCUUUUCCCCUGCCUGCCAAAAUUAAAACAGAAACUGUUAAAACUCCUGGAAGGAGAGGCACGGGAGAGGGGUAUGGCUCUGGGAAGUUUUUGCCCUUAAAACGACACCCCCUUGUGGACCCGGAAAGAGAACACUUUCCCUCAUUUCCCCCUCUGAACAGCAAAGUUCAACUUCUGUUGGAACAUGGGCAAUUAUUGCUCUUUACUUCCUGCUGAAAUUGGGCAUUGAAGGGGCCCUGUAGUUGAGGUUUUCUCCACAGGGGAUCCUUUCAGGGGUGCAGGUUGAUCCUCAGGUCCACGAUAGAGCUCAUGAGCCAAGGACAUUUGGGGUUCCAGCAGCAGGAUUAUUUGUAAGCUUUUGGUCACAGGCAUGGGCCACCAUGCUUGGCUAAUUUUGUAUUUUUAGUAGAGAUGGCAUUUCUCCAUGUUGGUCAGGCUGUUCUUCCUAACUCCUGACCUUGGGUGAUCCUCCUGCCUCGGCUUCCAAAAGUGUUGGGAUUACAGGUAUGAGCCACCAUGCUCUGCCAGAAAAGGACUGUUGACAGCAAAGGUACCCCUAUUACAUAUGGGUCACAGAGUUUUAACCUACUCCAGGCUAUCCACCUACCACAGAAAUCUGUAGUUCAUUGCUGGGGUUACCAGAAGUGCCAAUAUGAAGUUACCUAGAGAAACAGCAUUGGCCAAGCAGCUAGGGCCACCACCCUUUCUGGGGAACUCCUUAUGGCCCUUGUUCCCAAUUUUGCCUAACAACUUGCCCACCUGCAAUAUGCUCAAGAGAAAAAUAAAUGUGUUAUCAAACCUGAAUAUACCCUAGGACCUGAAAGACUGUAUAAACUGGAAGAGGUUCUUUAUUUUCCUGAGGUCCUUCAGCAGAAAUAAGGGCACUCCAUAAUUCUUGUCUCUUUGGGAGAGACCAUCUCCAUCAGCUGUAAACAAAAAAACCCUCUUUUGUUGACAAGUUUGUAAAGGCAGUCCAUCUGUCUGUAAUAAUUAAGCCACUCUCCUUAAUUCAGCCAGUUCAGCAAGAAGAAACCCACCCAGCUGCUUGGGAGGCUGGGGCAGAAUUGCUUGAACCUGGGAGGGAGGUUGCCGUGAGCAAAGAUCAUGCCAUUGCACUCCAGCUUGGGCAACAAAAGUGAAACUCCAUCUCAAAAAAAGAAAAAAAAAAAAGAAUUUUCUUUCCAAAUGAUGGCAUAAUUGUGAAAUACUAAAAAGGUAUAUUUUGUAUCUGUAUAAAUAGUAACUAACUCCCUGGUUCUUGUUCUAGGGCUCUGGUCAGGGCUAUGUGCUCUAGACUGCUGAGCUGAAGUUCGCAGAGAUAGUUUUAUAAACAAACUGUUUGGAAGGCAACUGUAAGGUAAUUGGUAGUACUAGGCAAAACGUAGAUGGAAAGAAAACUAAUAUAGAGUGAAAUAAUUAAGAAAUUUGUAUUAGUUGACGGAUACAAGAUGGCUCAUCGCUAACAUCUCGGGAUUGCAGCUCUCAGUGAAAGCUCAGAGAACGAAAGGGCACCACACUUUCAGACAAAUUUUGGUCGCUAACGGAGCAGAAUAUUCCCAGUGGAGGAGCACAUAGGUUGCCAGUGUGACUCUUGGCCGGCGCAGCGGUUUUGCCAGCACCUUGGUGCGGCAGCUCUUGGUGCAGAGUAAACGGGACUGGUUCCCCUUCUGAAUGAGGUUUGGAGGAGCAGCACAGGUUGCCAGCGCGACUCCUAUGGCUGGCACAGCGGUUUUGCCGGCACCUCAGUGUGGCAGCUCUUGGUGCAGAGUAAAUGGGACUGGUUCCCCUUCUGACUGAGAUUUGGAGCUCCAGGAAGGCAGAGUAGCCUAUUAUGGACUCAAAAAGGAAGCCAGACUGGAGAUUCCCAGGCAGAAAAGCACCAUCAGUCUUAACACCGCUAUUUUGGCCGGCGCAGUGGGUUGCUCAUAUUUUGGCCCUGGGAAUUAACAACUUGGACGUCCACUCAGAAACCUAAUUUCCAAAUUGAUAAUUACAAAGAUGACAGGUGGAUAGAUUUACAAUGAUGGGAAGAAACCAGUGUAAAAAGGCUAAGAAUACUCAAAAUCAGAAUGCCUCUCCCUCUACAGAGGAUCACAGUUCCUCAUUAAAAAGGGAAUAAGGCGGAGAACGAUCCAAGAUGGCCGAUUGCUAACAUCCCGGGAUUGCAGCUCUCAGGGAAGGCGCGGAGAACUAGAGGACGCCACACUUUCAAAGUCUGGUCGCUCACGGAGCAGAAGAUCCCCCAGUGGUGGAAACACACGAGUUGCCAGCGCGACUCUCGUGGUCAGCGCAGCGGUUCUGCCGGCACCUCCACGCGGCAGCGUUCGGCGCAGAGUAAACGGGACGCUUCCCCUUCUGACCGAGGUUUGGAUCCCCGGGAAGGCAAAGUCGCCUACUACGGAAACAAGAAGGAAGCCCGACAGGAGAAUCCUGGGCAGAAAAGCACCAUCAGUUUUAACGCCGCUGCUCUGGCCCUGGGAACUAACAACCUGGACGUCCACUCAAGAGACCUAUUCUGAAAGUUGGUAAUUUCAAAGACAACAGAGGAUAAAUUUACAAUGACGGGAAGAAACCAGCGUAAAAAAGCUGAGAAUACUCAAAGUCAGAACGCCUCUCCCUCUAAAGAUGAUCACGGUUCCACAUCGACAAUGGAACAAGGCUUGAUGAAGAACGAGCGCAUCCUGAUGACAGAAUCACUCUUCAAGGAAUGGAUAAUAACAAACUUCGGUGAGUUGAAAGAACAUGUAGCCCAACGUAAAGAAACUAGGAACAUUGAAAAAAGGUUUGAUGAAAUCCUAUUGAGAAUAGACAACUUAGGAGUAUGAGUGAAUUAAUGGAACUGAAGAAUACAAUACAGGAACUCCAAGAAGUAUGCACAGGUUUAAACACUCGAAUUGUUCAAGCAGAAGAAGGGAUAUCAGAGAUCAAAAUCCAACUUAAUGAAAUAAAAUGUGAAGAAAAGAUUAGAGAAAAAAGGAUAAAAAAGAAUGAGCAAAGUCUCCAAGAAAUGUGGGACUAUGUGAAAAGACCAAAUUUACGUUUGAUAGUUGUGCCUGAAUGAGACGGAGAGAAUGAAUCCAAGCUGGAAAAUACCUUUCAGGGUAUUAUUCAGGAAAAUUUUCCUAAACUAGCAAAGCAGGUCAACAUUCAAACCCAGGUAAUACAGAGAACACCACAAAGAUAUUCCUCAAGAAGAGCAACCCCAAGGCACAUAAUCGUUAGAUUCACCAGGAUUGAAACGAAGGAGAGGAUACUAAGGGCAGCCAGAGAGAAAGGUCAGAUUACCCACAAAGGCAAGCCUAUCAGAUUUACAGCAGAUCUCUCGGCAGAAACUCUACAGGCCAGAAGAGAGUGGGGGCUAAUAUUCAACAUCCUCGAAGAACAGAACCUUCAGCCCAGAAUUUUAUAUCCAGCCAAACUAAGCUUCACAACUGAAGGAAAAAUAAAAUCUUUUAUGAACAAGCAAGAACUCAGAGAUUUUAUUACCACCAGGCCUGCUUUACAAGAGCUUCUGAAAGAAGCAUUACACACAGAAACAACCAGUAUUAGCCUUUCUAAAAAUACACCAAAAAGUAAAGAGCACCAACAUAAAGAAUAAUUUACACCAACGAAUGGAUAAAACAGCCAGUCAACAUCAAAUGGCAGUAACCCUAAAUUUAAAUUGACUGAAUUCCCAAUCAAAAGACACAGCCCAAACCCAACGGCAUGUUACAUCCAGACCUGUUUCACAUGCAAGGAUACACAAAGACUCCAAACAAAGGGAUGGAGAAAGAUUUACCAACCAAAUGGAGAGCAAAAAUAAAUAAAUAAAUAAAAAGCAGGAGUUGCAAUUCUUGUAUCAGAGAAAAUAGAUUUUAAAGCAACAAAGAUAUAGUGGUAAAAGGAUCAAUGCAACAAGAGCUAACGAUCCUAACACCCAGAUACAUAGAGACUUAGACACAAUAAGACAGAAAAUUAAUAAGGAUAUCAAGGACUCGAACUCAGAUCCAGAACUAGUAAACUUAAUAUUUAUAGAGCUCUCCACUUCAAAUACACAAAAUAUACAUUCUUGUCAAUACCACAUCACACCUACCCAUUAGUUUAAAUGAAACAUUGAUUGGCCAUUUUUAAUACCCAAUUUUUUUCAAAAUAAAGUAAUAUUUCCAUUUACUCUCCCUCUUUCUUCCUCUCCUUAUUUUUUUUCUUUCUUUCUCAAAAAAAAAAAAAGUCAACUUGCAAACCUCUAGAUCCAGGUCGGCAAUGUCUCUUUCAUUGCUUGAUUUCCUUUCUUCCCUUCCCUCCCCCCCUCCCCCGCUUCCUCCCUUCCUCCCCCCCACAAAAAAAAAAGGGAAUAAGGCUUGAUGGAGAACGAGUGCAUCCCAUUAACAGAAUCAGGCUUCAUAAGAUGGAUAAUAAGAAACUUCUGUGAGUUAAAAGAACAUGUUGUAGCCCAAUGUAAAGAAACUAAGAACUUUGAAAAAAGGUUUGACGAAAUCCUAAUGAGAAUAGACAACUUAGAGAGGAAUAUAAGUGAACUAAUGGAACUGAAGAAUACAAUACAGGAACUCCUAGAAGUAUGCACAGGUUUAAACACCCGAAUCAUUCAAGAAGAAAGGAUAUCAGAGGUCAAAGUCCAACUUAAUGAAAUAAAACGUGAAGAAAAGAUUAGAGAAUAAAGGAUAAAAAGGAAUGAGCAAAGUCUCCAAGAAAUAUGGGACUAUAUGAAAAGACCAAAUUAAUGUUUGAUAGGUGUACCUGAAUGUGACGGAGAGAAUGAAUCCAAGGUGGAAAAUACCCUUCAGGAUAUUAUUCAGGAAAAUUUUCCUAAACUAGCAAAGCAGGACAAUAUUCAACCCCAGGAAGUACAGAGAACACCACAAAGAUAUUCCUCGAGAAGAGCAACCCCAAGGCACAUAAUCGUUAGAUUCACCAGGAUUGAAACGAAGGAGAAAAUACUAAGGGCAGCCAGAGAGAAAGGUCAGGUUAAUUACAAAGGGAAGCCUAUUAGACUCACAGCAGAUCUCUCAGCAGAAACUCCACAAGCCAGAAGAGAGUGGGGGCUGAUAUUCAACAUCCUUAAAGAACAGAACCUUCAGCCCAGAAUUUCAUGUCCAGCCAAACUAAGCUUCACAACUGAAGGAAAAAUAAAAUCUUGUGUGAACAAGUAAGUACUCAGAGAUUUCAUUACCACCAGGCCUGCUUUACAAGAGCUUCUGAAAGAAGCAUUACACACAGAAACAACCAGUAUUAGCCUUUCUAAAAAUACACCAAAAAGUAAAGAGCAGCAACAUAAAGAAUUUACAUCAAUGAAUGGACAAAACAGCCAACAUCAAAUGGCAGUAACCCUAAAUUUAAAUCGACUAAAUCCCCCAAUCAAAAGAUACAGCCAAAACUCAACGGUAUGCUACAUCCAGACCCACUUCAUAUGCAAGGAUACACAAAGACUCAAAACAAAGGGAUGGAGAAAGAUUUACCAACCAAAUGCAGAGCAAAAAUAAAAAGCAGGAGUUGCAAUUCUCGUAUCAGAUAAAACAGGUUUUAAAGCAACAAAGAUAUAGUGGUAAAAGGAUCAAUGCAACAAGAGCUAACGAUCCUAACACCCAGAUACAUAGAGACUUAGACUCAAUGCGACAGAAAAUUAAUAAGGAUAUCAAGGACUCGAACUCAGAUCCGGAAAAUAAAUAUAGAGCUCUCCACUUUAAAUACAGAAAAUAUACAUUCUUGUCAAUACCACAUCACACCUACUCAUAGGUUUAAAUCAAAUAUUGAUUGGCCAUUAUUAAUACCCACUUUUUUUCAGAAUAAAGCAAUAUUUCCGUUCUCUCUCCCUCUUCUUCCUGUUUCUCUCCUUCACUCCUUUUUUCUUUCUCUAUAAAGAAAAAUCAACUUGUAGACCUCUCGAUCCAGGUCGGCAAUGUCUCUCUCAUUGCCUGAUUUCCUUCCUUCUCUCCCUCCCUCCCUUCCUGCCUUCCUCCUUCCCUUCCUAAAAAAAAAAAAAAAUUUUAUUAGGCAAUUAAAUCAUAGUAUACUGCUUGCAUUUGUAGUAAAUAUUUGAUUAAUCCCAUUAUAGCAUUUCCUGAUUACAGGUUUAGGUAAAAAUUAUGCUAUAUUCUGAACUGCUGGAGGGAUGGAGAAUGGUGACCAAACUGCAGGUGAUGGGCUCAGGUUGCUCCCUGGUGGGCUGUGUUUUUCCAGGCCCUUGGUCCCUCAGUUACCCAAGAAUGGGGGAAAGGACGUUGCCAGACGCAGUGGGCUUUUAAGUAAAUAUUGAAUCCAAAAAAAUUUUGCAGAAAUUUAUUUAGGCAGAGAGAGAGAAAAAGGAGAAAGAAAAGCAGCUUCCACGAUGUCUUCCCCCAUGCAUGAAAAGACCUCUAAGCUCCCUAAUGGAGAGGUGGGCAGAGGCAUGGUACUGGGAAGUUCUUGCCUUUGAAACUGUGCCCCCUUGUGAACCUGCAGAGAAUACAUUCUCUUAAAAGGACAGCUGAAGGAAAGGGUGUUCCCCAGUACAUGUCAGUAUCAAAGGGCAAUUUCUAGAGUCUAUAUAGUUUCAUUAAAUACAGGAAGGUUUUCUCCUUUAUCAUAUUUUGUACAUUUGCAUGUGCGCACACGUCACAAAAAUGUAUCAAUUGGUUGAAUUUUCUUAAACUUUUACUAAGAAUGGGUGAAGACAAUUAUUUUGUUUGAAGAGGGUAUUUACUGUAAUGGAGAGUGUUUCCUCUGGAGUCAACGUUGCCUGUGUUUUAAAACUGACUCCACUAUUGUGACCAAGUAAUUUUCCUCUGUGGCUCUGUUUCUCUGCAAAAUAAGGGCAAUAAUAAUAAUACUUAUGCUACAAUGUUACUGUGAUAAUUAACAUUUAUAGUGUUAUGGUUAGGGUUUAAUACAAAUUAUUAAUAAAAUGUGUAAAAAGCCAAAUUUCAUUAAUACCUGCUUUAAUACAGAAUAAAUAAAAUUUUCAGCCAAUAA